GCAACUAUUUUUUAAAAAUAAUUUAUGAGUAGUCGAUAAUAUUGCGUGCUGUUGCACCACUAGAGUGCGUUAUCGGUCGGGACAAUAACACGACGUUUCUAGAAACGUCGAGUUGCGUGGUGUCGUUGUGUCAAGCAUCAAAGUUUCGUUACUGUUGCUACCAGUGCUAUCGUUAUACGUUGCUAUACAGCGUAAGAAUUAUUGCGGCCUUUUUGUCGUAAAGUGAAUUGUGGAUAUUGAAAAACAAUGACGAAGAAAGAAGACCGUUUUGAUGUUAUGUUGAUGGCUAUGGCAUGUGAACAUGAAGGCGGUGUUCAGGACUUUUUGGACACUAUCUUCAGUUUUCUAGCGAGAAAAACAGAUUUUUAUACCGGAGGUGGUGAAGGAGCAGCUGAAAAGCUUGUCCUGAGUAAACUCAAGAAAUAUGAAACUAGCGCUCUAGCUAAAGUUGCUUCUGAGAAGGUCGAAAGAGCUGAGCAAGAGAGACGGCGCAAGGAAAUACUUGAGAAGAAAAGAAAAGAGGAACAAGCAGAAGAAGAAAAAAUAGAUAACGAUUCUAGAAUAGUUGAAUUAACUGAUGAACAGGCUGUUAAAUUACAAGAAGAAAUAGAUAAUAAGAAACUAGUAAAGGAUACUGCUGUGGCAGGACCCAGUAGUGAUCAUAACGAUACUGAUAAAACUAGCAAGCUUAAUAAUGAUGAUGAAGAGGAAGAAGAUGAAAAGGAGAAAAAUAAGCUGAAACCUAACAGCGGAAAUGGUGCAGAUAUGCCGAAUUACAGAUGGACGCAGACUCUUGGAGAGGUGGAGGUGAGAGUGCCAUUAAAGGUGAAUUUUUCGAUCAGACCGAGGGAUGUGAUGGUGAAGAUCACGAAGAAGCACCUAUCCUGCGGAGUGAAGCCCAAUACGCCGAUUCUCGACGGGGAUUUCCCGCAUGAGGUCAAGCUGGAAGAAUCUACUUGGGUAAUUGAGGACGGGAAAGUGUUGUUGAUUAAUCUGGAAAAGGUGAAUAAGAUGCAAUGGUGGGCGCAUGUAAUAACAAGCGAACCAGAAAUCAGCACGAAGAAAGUGAACCCCGAACCUAGUAAACUCUCUGACCUUGAUGGAGAGACAAGAGGCCUCGUGGAGAAGAUGAUGUAUGAUCAGAGACAGAAGGAACUAGGACUUCCAACAUCUGACGAGCAGAAGAAACAGGACGUCAUCAAAAAGUUCAUGCAACAACAUCCCGAAAUGGACUUUUCCAAGUGUAAAUUUAAUUAAUUCGUCUCACAAAUAAAUACAAUGAACUUAAUGAAACGCUAACACGCUUAAUAAUAUUACGAUAUCACAUUAAUUACAUCUAUUAAACUACAUCUCAAUCAUUACCACAAUACAGUGUGCGAUCUUUUGCAUCCGGUGUUUAUAAAUAAAAGUCGAUAAAUUACGAAAUAUUUCAAAGGUUGCAGAAGAUGGCAGUACUGUAUUAGAUUAAAGUAUAGAAUCAGAUCUCUACCAUGGAUGAAAAUGUUGUUUUUACACUUGGAUAAUUUUUAUAUUUUUCUUAUUUGCAAGUAAAAACAGAAACGCACAAUUGCAAAUAUUUAAUUUCUAUAUAGCGUUUCAAGUAUAAAAGAAUGAAUUACAAUUUAUAAAAAUAAUCGAAAAAUAAACAUUGUAUAAGUCUC